CUCAUUUCCGGGUUUUACCAUUAUUUACAAAUAGGAGGGAAUAACCCACAUGGACUGAUGUUACCAUGGAGAUAGAGGACCCCCCAGGGGCCCAGGUGUCCGCGUGGCUGAAGGCAACCCAGCAACACGUCCGUGACUACCUGAUAAACCGAGAAGAGCCCUCUCUUCCAGAACUAAGCGACGCAAUCGUUAGGUGCCUGCGCGGGCUGUGCCCACAGCUGCCUCUGAGCUACAGUUUUACCCCCGUUUCUCAGCUCGUCUCCCUUCAGCACUCCCCGUGCGUCUCUCUCCUGGGUUGGGGUACAGAGCGCUUUCAGGCUUGGUCUGCGGAAGGGCAGAAACAUGCGCGAGAUCCUCCUUCAGCAACAGACAAGGUUCUCCCCAGGGCUCGUCUCCUCCUCCUGGGUUAUGUAACGGACGAGCCCCCCGGUGAUGGCUCGCAGCAUGAUGGGAGCUUGUAUUUUCAAGAUGGUAGUGGCUCUAUACCAUGUGAGAUGUCACACCUGGAUUUAUCUCUAAUUGGGGCUCUGGUUCUCCUUCCGUGUUGGUCGUACAUCCCGUCUUGUCCUCCGGUCUCAUCAGGAGGGUACAUCGAAGUGCUCGAACCCCCUCUGCGUAUUUUCCCACCUCCUCCAAGCGAAGACAAGUCAGACCCUGCUUCGCUCCCUGCCCUCACACCUACAAGUGCCUUAUUGCAUCUACACGACAGGUCACGUUCUCGGAAAGAACGAGUCUCUGUAUCCGGGAAGCUGGCGUCCGUCACUUCCUUCCUGAAUGUUCGACAGAAAGUGUUCUUCUUCUUUCUGGAAGAUUCCGAAACUUCUGUCCCGGUUAUCGUACAGACCCCCUCCAAGCUCUCUUGGUACCACGCGCUGUGCGUAGGCAAGACCUACAAAGUGACGUCGCUGACGGUGUUCACCCUGCGAGGGUCCCAACAAAGGGUUUUUGCUGUCGGCGGUUCCUCGUGCCUCCUUUGCCUGCCUCCGCCGUUGUUGCCGCUACCUGUCGCUUACGCCAAGGAGGAGGCGGAGGACCGGGCGCCUCUCAGCGAUGUGAAAAAUGACCACCGACCUCAGCAGAGACCAAAGGGUGAUAAGGAGAAAGUGUCCAAGAUUUUGUCAUACAAGGGCGUGUUGACCAGAGUUUUGGAUGCCCGUGCCGGCCUGUACGAACUGGACAGGAAGGUGACCCUGUGCACGGCGUACCUGCAGCUACUCAGCCGAGGAAGGGGUCUAAGAGAAGGAGCGACGGUAGAGGUUUCUGAUGCUCACUUCCAGCAGUCUCCCAGCCCGCUCUUCCCCACCAUCGUCCUCUCGUGCUGCCUGAGGAGCAGAUUGAGAGUUGUGGAGUUCUCCCGACUCUGCUCCCCGUGUUUACCCGCUUCCGUAGCCGGUUACCUCCACGUUCACCUCCUCUUACAGUACCGGCUGGCGCUGCCUGAGUAUCUGUGGGUGUCGGACAUCAUGGAGAAGCUACGGCAGAAGCUGUGUCCUCGUUAUGUCACCCAACGCUGCCUCUCGGGGUCUGUCAGCUCCGGGACCCCGGGUAUCGCAGAAAACUUGCUCAGCCAGACGCUGUCCUCUUUCUCAAACCCAAAACAGAGGAGUGAGAGGCACUUGCAUGAAGAGGUCUUUGGCGACCCACACAAUUGCCCCCUUCAAACGUAUUCUCCAAUGACACCCCCUUGGUGUAUAAUUCCUUUUGCUAAAUUACCCUCCCUAGUAUCUAACAGUAGACCUUCUCAGACGGACGAUCCAAUCCAAGAUCUCCACUGGUCCUCCUCUUCGUUGUGUUCUCAAGACCUGUUGGACCGGCCUGUCCUGGUCGGUGUUUUUCACGUCUCUUCUUCGGGAUCCCUUAAGUUGAAGGAUCAGACGGAUUCUCUCACCUGCAUGGUUUUGCCUCGUGCCCCCAUCGCAUGGAUUGGGUGUGUUCUGGAAGUACGUCGGUAUCGCGUGGUCUCUGAGAGGAUUCAGAACAAAGGGAAGUCAGAGGGUCAGCGGAAGAAGACGUAUGUUCUUUUCCUUGCUUGCGAUGUAAGAAUCCUUCAUCCGUACCACAGCUGUCCCUUCUGUCCACAAUCGACCUCAUCCUUGUCACCCUCCUCUAAAAAGUCACGAGUUGACGGGCCGCGGCCGUGUCGUCUCUUUUUGGUGGAGGCGUUGGAGGGUCAGCUGCCUGACCACGACGGGAGGCUGCGGUUCCAGGCCAGGGCCGUGUGGCUGGGGGCGCCUCGUCUACUAGAUGACGCAGAAGGAGAAAAGAGAGAGCAAGAUCAACAUACAAAGAUUGCGUUAAUCUUUUCCAGGUCCUCUGUUCGCUGGCAUCAUUUCCUUCUGCCCAACAGAGCGUAUCGCUUAAUUGCAAAUGGAGCCACGGAUCUAGGAAUAUUUAACGGUCCAAGUAAGCAGCCCCCCAAAAUCCAACAAUCCCUGUGCCUGAGUGUUCCUGGUGAGUGGACGCUGCAAGACGUGGAGACUUCCAAGCCUUUGCUAACCCCCGAGGAGCCUCUGUCUGUGGAGGAGGCACUGAAGUUAAACUCCACAGGGUCUCUCCUCUCUGUCAAUGGUGUGAUGACCCAACGUUCCAUGUGCGACAUGCAGAACACACGCCUGAUUUCCUCCAGAACACGUGUUCCAGAGACUUUCCUUCCACCUGGGGUCUCCCUCAAGGUUACCUUGGGCGACUGUGUCAGCCAAGCCUGUGUUUCUGUCUAUAUGGAUCUAUCCUGGGUCCCGUAUCCUCUUGGGCUGCUCCCAGGGGCCACUCUGUCGCUGCAGGGAAUGGAGAGGAAAGUGUCCAGGACUGGCAAUGUCUACCUGCGGAGCACACCUGUUACCUGCGUGAGGGUCCUCAGCCUCCCAGCAGAACACAGUCUGCAGGCUUUGCCUCCACCUCUCGUCCUUUUCGCGCAACUCCCAGGGCUCCCGGCUCCUCGGCGGACAGUGUGCUCGGUGUCUCAUGUCCUCAGCAUGACUCUGUAUUGGGAGUGCUCCCUGUGCAGGGAUAUAUUUACUAAGGGAGCCUGCAGUCGAUCCCCCACUUGCUCAUCCCAGUCCGGGGCUUUCAGAGCCAGAGCCAGUGUGAAGGCUGAGGAUGGAUCAGGGGAGGCUCUGUUGCAUCUUCAGGACGAGGCGGUCUUGGUGAUGUUGGGUGUAUCCGACAGACUCUGGGAGGCUCUGAAGACCCGCGUCCUCUCCACGGGGAAGGUGAUCGCGAAGAAUCGAGGGAGAAACUGUGACCUGACUAGUGAAGAGAAGAGCGAAGAUGUGCUCCAGUGCUAUCUGACGUCCGUGAUGUCCCGUCCUGCGGUCUCUCGUCCGUUGAUUGCGACCUUCACGCAGCGUGGCUGUGUUAGCGGAUCGCUCCGUACAGAGAUGAUGCGUUUCACCCGAGGGGAACGAGAUUAUAUCACACAGGUGCCUGCUGCACGGAAUCUGCACUGUCUGCACCUACAAGAGGCAGAUCCCCGCUCCCUGUGUCACGUGAUCAGAGAGAGGAGCCAAUCGGACGCCACCUGAGCGGCUCCACCUUCUUACAAUGACGAGAUCUUCGUUGUAUUGCAAUUUUCAGUUAGAGGACGGCUGCCAAUGAAGAUUUUUUGAAUUUUUUUUUAUAAAUUUAAUGGACAGGAGAUUUUUUACGUUAAUUAUGUUCCCUUAGUGAUUUAUUUGCUACUAAUUCACAAAAAGUGUAUCUAUUCAGAACAAAAGAUAUAUGCCGAAAUUUAAAAUAAUAUACCGGGCUACUGUGUCUUUAC